AUGACGUCAGGGGUGUGUCAGCCCCCUCCCCCCCCCCCCCCCGCGGGCCUGCGCGGGACACGUGUGCAAGGAAAAGCCACAGCCUUCUGCACCGAGCGAACCGUGCUUCGGCACGCCCGGGUCUCGGGGCUUCUGGGGUUGCAGGUUUCCGUCCUCUUCCGCUCUCCAGCGCCCCCCGCCUCCCGGCCUGGGCUGGACGCCCGUCUGGGCGACCCGGCGCCGGUGGCCCAGCCGUCCCCAGCCUGCGGGCGGCGGGAGCGGCGCCGGCCAGAGCGCGUGCGCCCCGGUGCGCAGGCCGCGCGCGCCGCGCCGGGGGAGUCCGACGCUCCGGGGCGCCCCGCCUCGGGGCGGGUGAGGCCCGGGUCCCCGCGGCCGCGCCACGGCCGCCGCCGGCGUCCUCGGGGGCGGAUGCCCGGCCGCCGUGGCCGGGCCCCGGGGUUGGCACGAGGACGGGCGGCGGGAGCGGGGCUGGGGCUGGGCGCCGCGGGGCCGAAGGGAGUGGCGGGCGCGGGCCCCGGGGCCGACGCUGGUCGGGUCUGGCGCCCCGUUUUCCGGCAGGCCGCGGCCCCAGCGCCGCCCCGGCCAGCGCGCCCCGCACCGGCGCCCCUCCCCCCGGCCCCACCCGACCCAGUUCCCAAGGGAGGCUCCCUCCCCCCCCCCGGCGUCCCCUCCCCCGUCCGGCCCCCUCCCGCCACACUGCGGCUGCCGGGCUCGGGUGCCCGGGUGCGGGCGCUCGCACGCCGCUCCCCGCGGGGUCAGGGGAGGGGGCUCCCUCCAGCCCGCCCGCGCCCACUCCCACCCCCACCGGCCCUCCGCCCCCUCCCCGUCCCGGCGAGCCGCAGUGGGGCUCGGCCAGGUGGGGCGCCGUCACGGGCUGUCCUGGUGUCCUUCCUCCGGUUGUCCUCCGCAGCCCGAGCCUCGGCCCCGCGUCCUCGGGCGCGGACGGGCCCCGCGGAGCACCCGGCCCAGGUGAGGCAGCUCCCGCCGCGCCCCGCGCCGUGCGCCUCCGACUCGGGCCGCCCAGGGCCGGGUCCCCUCCGGCCCCACCUCUCACCUGGGCUCGGGCCCGGUCCUCCGCCGCUGCAGCCUCCGCUCCACCCGCCGCCUCCAGUAGCUGCGCCCCGCACGGAGCCCGCAGUUUUCACCCGGGGUGGGGGCGAGGGGGGGGAGCGAGGAGGGCCCGGGCCUCAGCCAAUCAGAGGCGGAGGAGAAAGGAUGUAG